AGAUGGCAGUAGAGGUCACAGGCGGCGCUGCAGGUUCCGCACCGUUUUGCCUCCAGCCGCUCUCCGUAGUUGUAGUCCGGCUGCUCUUUGCUCCGGGACUGUCAGUGUGAGGACGGUGGUCACUAUGGCUUCUAGCGGCUCUAUCCAGAUCCCACGGCGGCUGCCUCUGCUGCUCACCCAUGACGGGGUGCUGUUGCCUGGCUCCAGCAUGCGGUGCAGUGUGGACACCCCCGGGAACAUGGAGCUGGUGCGGAAACGCCUACUGAGGGGAACCUCACUGAAGAGCACCAUCCUCGGGGUCAUCCCCAACACCAGCGACCCGGCCUAUGACAGCGAGGAGCUCCCCGUCCUGCACCGGAUCGGAACGGCGGCGCUAGCUGUGCAGGUCGUCGGCAGCAACUGGCCCAAGCCGCACUACACCCUGUUGGUCACCGGCCUUUGCCGAUUCCAGAUCGUGGAGGUCGUGAAAGCCCGGCCCUAUCCCAUCGCUGAGGUGGAGCAACUGGACCGCCUGGAGGAGCUGAGCAGCAAGGACGAGUUCAAGGAGGCCCUGGGGGAUCUGUCCGAGCAGUUCUACCAGCAUGCUGUGCAGCUGGUGGACAUGUUGGAUGGUUCCGUGCCGGCUGUGGCAAAACUGAAGAGACUGUUGGACAAUCUUCCUAGGGAGCUUCUGCCGGACAUCUUGACGUCCAUCAUCCGGACGACCAAUGAAGAGAAGCUGCAGAUUCUCGAUGCUGUCAGGUUAGAGGAGCGAUUCAAGGUGACCAUCCCACUCCUACUCAGACAGAUCGAAGGACUGAAACUGCUCCACAAAACAAGAAACCCUAAAAAAGAUGAAGACAAGAGGGUGGUAGCCAUUCGCCCUCUGAAGAAGCUUGGCGGGAUCUCGGUGAAAGGCUUUACCCUGGACAACGCAGACGAUGACGACGACGAUUCCGAUGACAUCAUAAUGCUGGAAAAGAAGGUGAAGUCGUGUAACAUGCCGGAGCAAGCGCUGAAGGUCUGCAUGAAGGAGAUGAAAAGACUGAAGAAGAUGCCGCAGUCAAUGCCCGAGUACGCCUUAACCAGGAACUACCUUGAACUGAUGUCUGAGCUGCCCUGGGGCAAAAGCACUAGAGAUCGCUUGGAUAUCCGCGCUGCGCGGAUUCUCCUGGAUAACGAUCACUAUGCCAUGACAAAGCUGAAGAGGAGGGUUCUAGAGUAUCUGGCUGUACGGCAGCUGAAGAACAACCUCAAGGGCCCUAUCCUUUGCUUCGUUGGACCCCCUGGAGUGGGUAAAACCAGCGUAGGAAGGUCCAUCGCUAAGACUUUGGGCCGAGAGUUCCACAGGAUCGCGUUGGGUGGAGUGUGUGACCAGUCCGAUAUCCGUGGACACAGACGUACCUAUGUGGGUAGCAUGCCUGGCCGUAUCAUAAACGGACUGAAGACUGUCGGAGUGAAUAACUCGGUUUUUCUCCUGGAUGAAGUUGAUAAGCUGGGAAAAAGCCUGCAGGGGGAUCCAGCAGCUGCACUACUGGAGGUUCUGGACCCCGAGCAGAAUCACAACUUCACAGAUCACUAUCUGAACGUGCCCUUUGACCUUUCCCAGGUCAUUUUCAUCGCCACUGCUAAUACAACCGCCUCCAUUCCACCCGCCCUCCUGGAUCGCAUGGAGGUGCUUGAGGUUCCCGGAUACACUCAGGAAGAGAAGAUUGAGAUUGCACACAGACAUCUCAUUGCUAAACAACUGGCACAGCAUGGACUGACCCCUCAGCAAAUUCAGAUUCCACCUGAAACCACUCUGGAAAUUAUCACCAGGUAUACGCGUGAAGCGGGGGUCCGCUCGCUGGACAGGAAGCUGGGAGCCAUUUGCAGAGCAGUUGCCGUGAAAGUUGCUGAAGGACAACACAGGGAAGCCAAGCCGGAUGCCACAGAGACCGGCGACGUUGACGGUUACAAAGCCGGCCUGUCAGAGGACUCCAGAGCCCGGGGGGACGUCGGUGACCCCGCAGACUUGACCCUCCCUCCCGAAAUGCCAAUACUGAUUGACCGUCACGCGCUGAAAGAUAUUCUGGGAACACCAAAAUACGAGGUCGAGGUGUUCGAGAGGCUGAACCAGCCCGGCGUGGCCAUUGGCCUGGCCUGGACUCCGCUGGGAGGAGAGAUCAUGUUCGUGGAGGCCAGCCGUAUGGACGGAGAGGGGCAGCUGACCCUCACGGGACAGCUGGGAGACGUCAUGAAGGAGUCGGCUCAUCUCGCCAUCAGCUGGCUGCGCAGCAACGCCAAGAAGUAUCAGCUGACCAAUGCGUCUGGCAGCUUUGAUCUCCUUGACAACACCGACAUUCAUCUGCACUUUCCAGCUGGGGCCGUCACCAAGGAUGGUCCGUCUGCGGGCGUCGCCAUAGUAACCUGCCUCGCCUCGCUCUUCAGUGGCAGGCUGGUGUCUUCAGAUGUCGCCAUGACUGGAGAGAUCACAUUGAGGGGACUCGUCCUACCUGUCGGUGGCAUUAAAGACAAAGUCCUAGCGGCGCACAGAGCGGGACUGAAGCGGGUGAUUAUACCGCAGAGGAACGAGAAGGAUCUGGAAGAGAUUCCCGUCAACGUGAGACGGGAUCUGAAUUUUAUAUUAGCGUCGGCCCUGGAUGAUGUCCUGAACGCUGCCUUUGAUGGCGGAUUCUCACUGAAGAGCGGGCAGGAGCUGCUGAACAGCAAACUUUGAUACCACUUCCAUCUCUCGCCAUUAGCAGCAAAGCCGUCUAGUGAAACUUCUCCUGCAAUUUGCACC